AAAUGCAACUCCACUGUGAUCAAAUGGGUGAUGCCCACAUGCAAUUAUAUCUCGUCUCCAUAACCUACACUUGGACGAUUGAUUGAAUUGGUGUAUAUUGGGAUGUGAAAUGACAGUAAAACACAAAAACAUGGUAUUUUAGUGUACCAAGAACCCAGUCGAUAUUUCACGCACACGGCUUCUCAUUUUUAGGCCUUCAGUCUUUGCCACCCCACUUCUAGAGUUUGUAAAAAAAUUAGACACCCUUUUGAUUUUCUAGAGAAAAAAAACCAAUUUGUGUGUUGGUAUUCUGUCAUCAUCCACCAUGAAUAAGUUUCUAGUUUGCAGAAAAAUGAGAUUCGGAGCUCCUCAAACAGCCUUAAGUUUGUUCAGUUCAUUUAACCUCUCGAGCAGAUCUCUUCAUUCUUUGCCAUUUGCAACUGUCGAAGCUGAAGCGAUAUCAGGUUCACAGCCAGCCGAAGUACAGAACUUGGUGCAGGGUAAAUGGACAGGAUCUUCAUGUUGGAAUACAAUUGUGGAUCCUUUAAAUGGGGAACCAUUUAUGAAAGUUGCUGAGGUUGAUGAAACAGGAAUUCAGCCCUUUGUGGAGAGCUUGUCCAGGUGUCCCAAGCAUGGUUUACACAAUCCCUUUAAAGAUCCUGAGAGGUAUCUUUUAUUUGGAGAUAUAUCUGCAAAGGCAGCUCACAUGCUUUCGCUGCCAAAGGUUGCAGAUUUCUUCACGAGAUUAAUACAAAGGGUUGCUCCAAAGAGUUACCAGCAGGCUUUUGGGGAAGUUUAUGUUACUCAAAAAUUUCUGGAAAAUUUCUCUGGUGAUCAGGUUCGUUUUCUUGCAAGGUCUUUCGGGGUCCCUGGAAAUCAUCUUGGACAGCAAAGUCAUGGCUUCCGUUGGCCUUAUGGUCCUGUUGCCAUUAUUACUCCCUUCAAUUUCCCACUAGAAAUACCUGUACUUCAGUUGAUGGGUGCACUUUAUAUGGGAAACAAGCCGGUUCUCAAAGUUGAUAGCAAGGUAAGCCUUGUGAUGGAACAAAUGACACGGCUGCUUCAUUACUGUGGUUUACCAGUGGAAGACGUUGACUUCAUAAAUUCUGAUGGAAAGACAAUGAACAAGCUGCUAUUGGAGGCAAAUCCACGAAUGACCCUCUUUACUGGUAGCUCGAGAGUGGCAGAUAAAUUGGCUGUUGAUCUAAAGGGUCGUAUUAAGUUGGAAGAUGCAGGAUUUGACUGGAAAAUCUUGGGGCCUGAUGUUCAGGAGGAGGAUUAUGUUGCUUGGGUCUGUGAUCAGGAUGCAUAUGCAUGCAGUGGUCAGAAGUGCUCAGCACAAUCAAUUCUAUUCAUGCACGAGAACUGGUCCAAAAGUUCUCUUAUAUCCAAACUGAAAGAUCUCGCCGAGAGAAGGAAGCUAGAAGAUUUAACUAUCGGCCCUGUCCUAACAUUUACAACUGAAGCAAUUCUAGAACACAUGAACAAAUUGCUCCAGAUACCAGGUUCAAAGCUACUCUUUGGCGGCGAACGUUUAAAGAAUCAUUCCAUUCCACCUGUAUAUGGUGCUAUCAAACCAACAGCCAUUUAUGUUCCUGUUGAAGAACUUCUGAAGGACAACAACUAUGACCUUGUAACUAAAGAAAUUUUUGGGCCCUUCCAGGUUGUCACCGAAUACAGCAAAGAACAACUCCCAUUGGUGUUGGAUGCCCUGGAGAGGAUGCAUACACAUUUAACAGCUGCUGUUGUUUCAAAUGAUCUUCAUUUUCUGCAGGAAGUUCUUGGCAAAUCGGUGAAUGGGACUACAUAUGCUGGACUAAGAGCAAGAACAACUGGAGCUCCACAAAAUCACUGGUUUGGACCGGCUGGAGAUCCCAGGGGUGCAGGAAUUGGGACCCCGGAAGCGAUAAAGCUUGUUUGGUCUUGCCACAGAGAAAUCAUCUAUGACUUUGGUCCAGUGCCUAGACAAUGGGAAAUUCCACCUUCCACCUAAAUAGAGACAUGGUGACUAGGAAAAUAAAACCAACAAUGUAAUGCAGACUAGCUUGUGUUUUUAAAGCUUUUUAUACUUCAAUAAUGCAUUUCACCGUGCCAAUGUUAAUUAGUCCUGUUACCACUUCCUGAGCUAUAGAAUUAAAUUUGCGAA